AAGCUCUUUGAUUAUUGCUCCAUAAUGGUAGAGAAGAAUUCGAAAGGGAAGAAGCGAAAAUGGGAACCAGUAGAAUUGGACGAUCCUUCGUUCUUUGCGGGCGAAAUGGAUGGAUUUGUGUCCCUUAAAGUCAUGGAAGAUUAUCAUCCAGAAGAGCUAUCAGGAAUUAGUGCAAGUGGACCAGCUCAAAAGAGGAAAAUAAAAGAACGGCCGCUGCAGGAGGUGAAUUGCUUAAAGUGCUUCAAAACAUACCGCAUGGUUAAAUUUAGAAGAUACAAAUGUAAGAUUCACUUCAAGCACGUGGCGAAAUUACCCUUGUAUUUUACGAGAAAUUGGGAAAAAUUAUCUUUUAAAAUUUUUUUUGUUUAUUUAUUUUUUGUUAUAACUCAUCUUUAAUUAUAAAUGUUGAGGGUUGUCCAAUACAUCCAAAUUGGGUUGAGUUGUUUACAAAUCAACCCACCAGAAGUUAAUAAGUGGUUAAGUCAUCUUGUGAUACUGGAAAUCUGAAUAAACCGUGCCUCCUAAGGUGGAAAUGUCUUACCACAAGUCGAUUUUCAAGACGCUUAAUAAUAAUCCUCAACCUGACCCAAAUGGAAUGACUUGUCUCCUGAGUCAGAUUGGGUGUAUAUAUUGGACGUGAGAAUCAAAACUAAGAUAACUGCCAGUCAUACCUUAAAUGAGAAAAGAAACAAACAAACAAACAAACAAAAAGAAAACAACAACAACAAAAACAACAACACUCACCACAAGAACUACAUGGAAAUACAGGAAUUGAUUGAAAUCAUUUUGAGAGCAGUUUGUCCUAAUUUUUUUGAAGACAGCAGACUGCAUUGUCCCAAGGGCUCAUGCAUUUUUUCAGUCUUUACCCAUACAUGCACAAUAAUGUAUAUCUAAGAAUAGAAGCUUCUUUUUGGUUUUCUCUAGAAGUUUGGCUCACGGGGAAAAAAAAAAAAAAAAAAAAAGCUACAUAGUAUUGUCUUUUGAUUUAAAUCUUCAGGAUAAUCUGGAACAAACAGUUACCACACCAUCCACACAACUUGAAAAAAGCACAAAGAAUGACCAACAGACAAAGGGAAAAAAGAAGAGGAAAAAGAAAAACGAGGCCCAAAGUAAAGCCCAGUCAGAAGAGCAAAACAGAGUAGAAAUGGUCACUGACAAUAGACUGGUGGAAGAUCCUCCAGGUAAGAUUUAAUUUUAGGAAUUAUGGAUGGGAAAUGCACAAAACAAAGUACAAUUUUACUCCAAUGAUUGUCCUCGGAUUUUAUUAUUAAGAAGAGAAUCAAACACAUUUUGUGUAGAUAAUGUUAUCUUGGAAAAGAUAUGAUUUUCUAUAGAUAAUGGUAAUUGAACUAAGUGGAGUGCAAUUUCUGCUGAAAUCAUAUGCAUGAUUUCAAACUCAAACGAGUGCACAGCGUGAGUUCGAUUUGAAAUCACAAGUAUGAUUUCAGACCAAAAUUGCAUGACACGAGGUUCAAUUACCACUUUAUUACAUCCAUUUUGAAAUCACAGGACUUGGUAAGUUCAAAUAUUUUAUUGAUGCAGUACUGAGCUGGUCUGAAAUGAAAUUCAUCCAUUUUUUGGGGGGAAAAAGUAAGAGUUUUGGAAACAAAAGUUGCAAAAUUUGCCAAGUGAUACUCUUUGUCUUUCAUUUUCCUGCAAUUUGACUGGUUACUUUAAACAAGCCUUGAAAUCUGAUUGGUUGUUUUGUCUUUAGUGUAGCCUCCUCAUUAACUGGAAAGAAGAUGCAAUUUAAGGCAAAAAAUGGUGCAAUAUAUGAGUAAAUCGAAUCAACUAGAGCCAAUCUCAUUACAGGGACCACCAGUGAUUUCAAAAUGGGUGUAAUAAAUAAUGUAAUUUUACUGGUAAGUUUUUUAUUACUGUAUUGUUAUUUAUUAAUAAAGUAUUUCUUAAUUUAGAUUAUAAAACCUUUACAAACAUAUUUCAUAUCUAUACAGGUAAAAAUUACCCAUUUGGUUCAACUGUAAUAAAAUGAUAUUUCUCACUAACACUAUGAGUUUAAGAUGCAAUCAUAUUUUAUAGCUAAAUCAUUUAUUUUGAUUGAACUAAACUUUAGAGCCCAUGGUAGAUAUGAGUGCUUGGGAAGUCCUUGGUGUUCCCAAAGAAGUUCAGAGAGGACUCAGUGAACAAAGUUUUACUACACCAACCCCUAUACAGACUUUCUCCCUUCCACCUGCAAUAUUCCACCGCAGGGACAUCAUUGGUGCAGCAGAAACAGUGAGUUGAAUCAGAGCGGUUAGAUUGGUGGAGGUCUCUUUUUUUUAUGUGUAUUGUUUGUGUACUUGGUUUCACAACUAUUUUGAAGAAUCCUUUUUUUUUUUUGGAAAGUGAGAGAGAAAGAGGAAAAAAAUAAUUUUUCAACAUGUACAUGUGUCUACUAUGAUGUACACCUAGCUCAUUUAUGUGUAACAAGACUUUUGCACACAUUAUAGCAAACAGUUUCUGAUUCUUUACAGCUGGUCUUUGACCUGAAUUAAUGUCUAAGUACUAAGUGAUUGUUGAAUAAUUAUAAAUAUGACUUUUGUAAAAGCACUCUUGAGGAGAGCUGUUGAGCUGAAAGUAUGUGUAUGAUGUACCUCUUGAGAGAGAGAGAGGACUGACUGACUGACUGACUGAUGGUUAAAUUUUACUCUCUUAAGAACUAAUGUACUAGUUCUUCCUUCUUUAUGUAGGCAUUCUAUAUCUUCCUAUAGUUGGUUGAUGGAACAUUAUUUAUACAAAAAUGUGUAUUACAUUAAGAUUGUCAAGAUAAGUCCCUUCAAGUUCUAAGUUUCAUAGUUCUCAUAUCAUUUGUUGGAUAAUGCCUUGAAAUUGUCUGUUGAUGUUAUGAUAAAAUCACUUGGGAGAAGUUUAGCUUCCAGGAAUGGCUGGUUUUUGAGGAUUUUUAUUAUUAAAGGGUAUUAAUUAAAACAAUUUUAUGUAUUUACUAGGGUUCAGGGGUAAAACACUAGCCUUUGGGAUUCCAAUUCUCACCCAUAUCCUUGGCCACAAGUCCAAUCAAGAAGCAGGUGAAACUACAGAAAAUACUACCAAAAAUAAUGCUACAGAAGCCACAGAAACUGGUAAUGGAACAUCCAAGCUCAAGAAACCACUCCUGGCGUUGAUAAUGACACCAACCAGAGAAUUGGUUAUACAAAUAAAGAAUCAUCUUAAACAGGCUGCAAAACACACAUCUUUAGAGGUAACAUCAUGUACUUAAAUUGACAAUUUGGAAGUCACCUCCACAGUUAGUUUCUGUUUUCCCAUUGUUAGAAACUCAAUUAUUUCUUUACUUUUAUUGGCCCAAGUCAAUUUUGUUUCCUGAGCCUUCAAUACUCCUCUUUUCAGUGGAGCAGAAUGCAAACCUAUCUCUUGUUUGGAAAGCAUUUUUUAAUUUUUUGGGGGAAACAUGAAUUUGUAGCCACAAUAGGCUUUAAAGCAAUUUAAAUGAUAAUGAGUUAGUGCUGAAAACAUUGUUAUUCCCUCAAACAUAAACUCUAUUGUUUUUUGGUACCUUCACCAGCAAAGUAUAUAAAAACCCUUUUGUUCAGAGAAUUACAAUCCCAGCCCCUAUGAUGUACCAUUUAACCUCUACCCUCCACUCCCUUGCCACCCCUUCUAGUCCUGUUUCAACUUUAUCUUUUAUCGGAGAAAUACCCACCAAACAAAGUACCUCAAAAUCAUUUGAAUCAGUAAACAAUUCCUUUUUUUCAAGAUUGUUGCUGUGGUUGGAGGAAUGGCACCUCAAAAACAGCAGAGGCUUUUAAACAAGUGUCCUGAGAUAAUAGUAGCCACCCCGGGAAGACUGUGGGAUUUGAUUUCCGAGGUAAGUACCUCAUGUAUCAUAAGUUGUACUGAUUCACUUUCUUUUAGAGAUCUGAAACAGUCAACACACACUUGUACAUGUAGGUAUGUUUCCCAUGAGAUCGGUUGUCCUGUGUAGUUUUCAGCAUGAAUUUGGAUUUCCAAUGUCGUGUAAGUUUUUCCGCUCGUAAAACGCCGUCAAAAAUGAUAAGUACAGCUGUAAGCAUUUUCUACUGCUCUGUAAACAUCAGUGCCGGGCGUAUUUUUUGAAAACGGUGAAAUUGGAGUGUAGCCUCUUUCUAUCAAAUGGAUGAUUCUAGAGAUUCUAGAGAUAGGCUGGAUGGAGAGACCGCUCAAGAUUUGAACGAGUAUUUCGGUGACCUGUGUACGGAUGGCGAUUACGUUGAGCCCGCGUUACUUGAAAUUGGUCCUGAGGUGAAAGUCCCGGAAAUUAGUGAACGAUAUGUAUGGAACUCACUGAGUACUCUAAAGAAGACUGCAACUGGUCCUGACCAAAUUCCGUAUUGGGUGUGGAAAGACCAUGCGGAGAUCUUCACUCCAAUCAUUACUAAGCUAUGGAAUUUGUCUCUCGCUACGCACCAAUGGCCUAGAUCGUGGAAAAGGGCAAGUAUAAACCCACUGCCAAAAGUUGAUGUUCCAGUGGCAAGAGGGGACUUCCGGGGAUCAACGUAACCCCUGUAAUAGCAAGAGCCCUGGAAAAGGCAGUCUAUAAGAUUCACGCCCAAAGGCCGGUAGAAGAACAGCUGUUGAAUAGUCAAUUCGCGUAUAGAGAAGGAGGGAGCUGCACAGAUGCUCUGCUACUUAUACAGAAUAAGAUCUGCAAGUUUCUUGAUGAUCCCAAGUGCAAGGCAGUGCGGAUGUUCGCGAUGGAUUUCAGUAAGGCCUUUGACUCUGUGAGCCAUCAACUCCUUGCUGAGAAACUUAAGAGUCUACCACUUAACCCGUAUAUCAUAAAUUGGUGGUUAGGUUUUUUGCGAGAUAGAAAACAAAGAGUUAUUUUCGGGAAUCAUGUCUGUAAUUGGAAAACAGUUAACAAGGGCACAACCCAGGGUAGUGUUUCAGGACCUUAUUUGUUUAAUAUAUUUCUUAACGAUCUGGAAAUUAAAUUAGGGAACGAGACACUUGGCUUCAAAUACGCUGAUGACUGUACGAUUAUUGCUCCGGUAUAUUAUUAUAAAGAUCACUCUGUAGACUUAAUAAAUCAGUUUUUACAGUGGGCAAGCCAAAAUAGAAUGAAUUCAAAUUCUACUAAAUGUAAAGAGCUUAUUAUGUAUAAAAAAGGUCACACUGCUGAGGCCUACAAAAGUAUUUUUGGCAUACCUCAGACUAGUACAAUAACCAUUCUUGGUCUCACGUUUCAGCCGAACUGCAAAUUCAGUACUCACCUAAAAGAAAAGUUAGGUAAAGCUAAUAAAUGUUUAUACGUUAUCAGAUGCCUCCGCAAAGAAGGAUGUAGCCAAGCAGAAGUAGAUGUUUUAUUUAAUUCCAUUGUCCUACCUAAUAUUACUUAUGCUCUAUCUGUGCAUGGGGCCUCCGAGUCAGAGCUAACUAUAGCCCAGCAGUUUUUAGAUCGUUGUUUUAAACGUAGUUACAUAUCCAAGAAAUUAGUGAUAGGUGACUUACUUAAAACGCAAGAUCACAAAAUUUGUCGCAAGGUUUCAACUAUCCUGAGCCAUCCUCUUAGAGCCUACUUCCCUGAGACCAAGACCACGAGGUAUAAUUUGAGAAAUAAAUCCCCUGUCAUGCCCGCCAUUCGCACAAACCGUUUUAAGAAUACAUUUUUUAAUAGAAUUGUUUUUAAGUACAAUGUAGCUUUGUAAAAGUGUACUUCCUGUAUUAGACUUUUGUAUUUGUUUCCACGUAUAUACUUAUCUUAUUUAGAUACACCUAAGCUUAUUUACAUCCUUUUUUUUUUAAUGUAACAUAAGAUAUGUAAUUUUAUCUUUUGAACAAUAAAGACACUUAGAUAUCUUCUGGCGGCGUUUAAUUUUAGGGUUAAGAGCAUGCCGUUUGGAGCACUUGAGAUAUCUUGUGAUUGACGAGGCAGACCGAAUGGUCGAGCAAGGCCACUUUCAAGAAUUAUCUUCUAUAUUGGAGCUCAUUCAAAGAAAGAGGCAAUGGACUUCAAUUUCCAUCGGAGCUUCAAUUUCUUUCAGCCUUCUCUUUCUGAAAUUAAUGGUUUUCAUGACUGUCAACUUGUAAACUGAGGUAAAUGACUCUCUUUUUAUCAAAUUUUAACUUUAACGUUUCCUUUUCGCAGUGAUUAUGAUGAAGAUGAGGGAACUGCAAAGCGAAGACAUCUACAGAAGUUUAUUUUCUCUGCAACUUUAACUCUUCCAAAGUCGUUUAAGAGGAAAGGAAAGUAA